AUGGACGCCGCAAAGAAAGACCGCGUUCAUGACGCCGAAGCUGGGCCCGGCGCGAGCUCCGCCGACAUCGACGCCCGGGACAGGGAUUCCGUCAACGACGAACUCCUCGCGUUGAAGGAAAAGCAACUUGUGCGCAAGCUCGACUUGCACCUUAUCCCACUGGUCAUGCUUUUGUAUCUCCUGAGUUUCCUCGACCGCGUCAACAUUGGUAAUGCCCGGUUGUACAACCUCGAAAGGGACCUCGGGCUGCAGGGGAACCAAUUCCAGGUCGCAGUCUCGAUCCUCUUCGUGACGUACAUCAUUUUCGAGAUCCCCUCCAAUCUUGUUCUCAAACUCUUCACCCCUAGCCGCUGGAUCGCCUUCAUUACUGUCUCAUGGGGCAUCAUCGCCACUCUCACCGGCCUUGUGGAGUCCUACGGUUCAUUGAUUGCAUGCCGCCUUCUCCUCGGCGCUGUCGAGGCCGGCCUCUUUCCCGGUCUCAACGUCUAUCUCACCUUCUUCUACCGCAGGCACGAGCUUGCGCUGCGUGUCGGCUACCUCUUCGUCAGUGCUGCCAUUGCCGGCGGUCUCGGCGGUCUGUUGGCGUAUGGCAUUGGGCACAUGGAGGGCGUCGCGGGGAUGAGCGGCUGGCGUUGGAUCAUGAUCAUCGAGGGCCUGCCGACGGUCGUGCUCGGUAUCGUGACCUAUUUCUUGCUGCCCAAUGAUGCUGGCAGCGCGUAUUUCCUCAAUGAGGAGGAGAAGGCGCUGAUGGUUGCGAGGCGAGGACGGGAAUACGGCAACACGACCAGCGCGCAGGAGUUUAGUCGCGAGGACAUGUGGAAGGCGUUCAAGGACUGGAAGGUCUGGGUGUUUUGCAUUGCGCUGUUUGGCGCGGAUACGAUGCUUUACGGUUUCUCGACCUUUCUCCCGACCAUCAUCAACGGCCUUGGAUCAUGGUCGACCGCCGAGGUGCAGCUUCUUACUGUGCCCUGUUACUUCCUCGGCGCCGUGGUGUACAUGUCCAUGGCUUUUCUCUCGGACCGGAUGCAGCGUCGCGGCAUAUUCUGCGUCAUCUUUGGCAGCAUCAGCGUCAUUGGCUACGGCGUGCUCAUCUCCAAUACGUCGUCAGGUGUGCAUUACUUUGGGUGUUUCCUCGUGGCCGCGGGACUUUAUGUUGUCGUCGGGCUGCCGUUGGCAUGGUUGCCGAAUAAUACCCCGCGCUAUGGUAAGAGAACAACUGCUAGCGGUAUGCAAUUGUCGAUCGGAAACUGUGCCGGAGUCAUGUCAUCAUUCAUAUAUCAAGCAGUUGAUAAACCAAGAUACAUCCGCGGCCACGCGGUGACACUGAGCAUGGUCGGAAUGGCCACCUGCUUGUACGGCUUCCUGUGGUUCUGGUACUCGAGGGCGAACAAGCAGCGUGAAGCUGGCCAGCUCGAGGAUAAGUACCGCGACCUGUCAGACGAUGAGCUUGCGGAGCUAGGCGAUGAGAGCCCGCGCUUCAAAUACACUUAUUGA